AUGGCUGGCAGUAAUGAAGUCAACGUGAAUGAAUCCAAGAGGGUCGUUCCGCUUAAUACAUGGGUACUGAUCUCCAAUUUCAAGCUAGCUUACAAUCUCCUGCGCCGGGCUGAUGGAACAUUCAACCGUGAGUUGGCAGAGUUUCUUGACCGCAAAGUCCCUGCCAAUACAAUUCCAGUUGAUGGGGUUUUCUCAUUUGAUCACGUUGAUAGAGGUACCGGGCUCCUUAACCGGGUUUACCUACAGGCCCCUGAAAAUGAGGCUCAAUGGGGGAUUGUGGAUCUUGAGAAACCCUUGAGCACCACCAAGAUUGUCCCAGUCAUAAUUUUCUUCCAUGGUGGUAGCUUCACUCAUUCCUCAGCCAACAGUGCCAUCUAUGAUACAUUCUGUCGCCGUCUUGUUAACACAUGCAAGGCUGUUGUAGUGUCAGUAAAUUAUCGUCGAUCGCCCGAACAUCGAUAUCCUUGUGCGUAUGAUGAUGGCUGGGCAACUCUCAAGUGGGUUAAAUCAAGAACAUGGCUUCAGAGUGGGAAGGACUCAAAGGUUCAUGUUUACCUGGCUGGAGACAGUUCAGGUGGCAAUAUUGCUCACCAUGUUGCGGUAAAAGCAGCUGAAGCAGAAGUUGAGGUAUUGGGAAACAUCCUUCUUCACCCCAUGUUUGGUGGGCAAAAGAGAACAGAAUCAGAAAAGAGAUUGGAUGGGAAGUAUUUCGUUACAAUUCAAGACCGCGAUUGGUACUGGCGAGCUUUUCUUCCUGAAGGAGAAGACAGAGACCACCCAGCAUGUAAUAUAUUUGGCCCUAGAGAUAAAAGCCUUGAAGGGCUCAAAUUCCCCAAAAGUCUUGUUGUUGUGGCUGGUUUUGAUCUUGUCCAAGAUUGGCAAUUGGCGUAUGUGGAAGGGCUGAAGAAUUCAGGUCAGGGUGUGAAGCUCCUUUAUCUAAAGCAGGCCACAAUCGGUUUCUACUUCCUGCCAAACAAUGAGCAUUUCUAUUGUCUCAUGGAGGAGAUAAGCAACUUCGUCAAUCCUGACUGUUAA